UGACGACGACUACGACAACGAUGUUGUUGUCGACAAGUAGCAGUGCCAUGGAACAAAUGGAAAUUAUGUGAAAGCAAAAGGCUGCUGGUCGUUCGUUCGUGAGGUUAAUGUGAAUGUUCGCGCAAAAACGCAAAAGAAAAGCUAAACUUAAAUUAAACGCUCGAGGAGAGAACAAGAAACAAAAAAUUAUAGCAAACAAACAAAAUAUAUAAAUGAAAAAGUGUAUAAUUUAAUCAUAGCAAACGUUGCUGCUACUGCUGCUGAUGGAAUAGUUUGUGUGAUGAUGGCGACGAUGAUGUAGUGCUAAUCGAAAUUUAAAGAAGGCUUUAAUAAAUAAAUAAAUAGUAAAAAAAUAAUAUAGAAAAGUAAUAUUUACUUAUGGCCACAAGAAAAAAUAUUUAACAAAAAAUAGAUUACAACGAGUGAAAUUGAAAGCAAUAUUUUCAAGCAAAAAUUAAGAAAAUACAAGCGAUUGUGAAAAGUCCUUGCCGAAUUGUUUUAGGAAAAUAAAAAACCUAUCUAAAAUUGCAGUAAAUUAAAUUGAGUGUGUGUGUGUUUUUACCCAAAAAGUGUAUUGCUAGCAAGUGCGUGUAGUUGGCUGGCCAACAAUUUGUCACCGUUGUCGCCCCUAUUCGUUUGUCUGUGUGUGUCUCUGUGUGAGUGUGCCUUCACACAUAUAGAAAUAUAUGCCCAUUGAGUGCCUUAUAUCUUUCGAUAACAAUACUCAAGGUGUCUAUUAUGCUGGCCAGGAAUUAUCUGGUGUUGUUGAUCUCACUGUUGAUACAACAAAACGUAUUAAAGCCAUUCACAUCACGGUCAACGGUUAUGCCAAGAUACGCUGGAUAAAGAAGGGAUAUCCACGUGACAGUGAGCGGGCCAUGUGCCGAGCCUAUCGUUCGUAUUUGUCGUCGCGUUCGUAUGUCCUCGGCUCAUGCGGCAGCAAUUCCUGUCUGGACUGGACGGCUGGUGAAUAUUCAUAUACAUUUCAUGUUAUACUGCCGGAAAAUUUACCAACUUCGUUCGAUGGCAAAUACGGACAAAUACAUUACGAGAUCAUAACGACGAUCGAUCGGCCAGGAAGAUAUCCCAAAGUAUUCAAAUUGCCUUUUACGGUGAUACAUCCAGUAGAUUUAAAUAGUGAUGCCAUAUAUAGGGUACCCCUAGAAAUAUUAGAUCGUAAACGUUUUUGGAGUUUUUGCUGCCCAACCGGACCACUUACCGUUAAAUUUUCCACACCCUAUUGCGGCUAUGCCCCCGGUCAGAAGAUCCAUUUCGUUUUGUACAUUAACAAUGAAUCGUCCAUCGACAUCACCCAAUGCGAUGUGAAACUGAAACAGGAGGUGACCUAUGAGACCCACGAUCCGCAACAUGAGUACCGUUACGACAAGCAUUUGAUAGCGUCCAAACAGUUUGGCAACGUCUUGCGGUGGAGUCGCAAAGUGUAUCGUGGCUACUUGGAACUGCCAUCUAUACCGCCCACAUCGGCCAAAUUGUCCUGCCCGAUAACGGUUAACUAUGCCAUGAAAAUUAUCAUCAAACCAACCGAAUUCCAUUGGAAAAUGAAAUUGAAGAUACCGUUGACCAUUGGCAGUGUUCCCAUAAUGGAUAGUGGCAAUAGUGCUGCCCUGUUGCAGGCCAAUAACAAUAGCAUUAUGAGGGCCGAAUCGGUGGAUGAGCCGCAGGUCACGAUGUUGCCGCAUUCCGAGGUGGAUGAAGAGGCCAAUGAACGUUCAACACCUACCAUAAUGGUUACAGACACUGAUAAUCCGCCGGAUUAUAUACCGAUGAUGCCACCAUCCUACGAAGAUGCCAUGGCCCUGAGUGAGAAAUUCUAUGACGAUUUGGCCUACAUGGAGAAUGUCAGCGUUUCCAGUGUGGUGACCAACAACAAGAAUGAGAACUUCAAGCCACGCUACCCCGUCUAUUAUUAUUACGAGACACCCAUAAUACCACCCGAAACCCUUUACGAUGCCAUACCAUCACGUUACCAUCCAAUGGUGCUAGCAACGCCUUUGUCGGACAUGUCAUCAUCUCCGCUAGAAUUGAGUCAUGUCAAGGCAUUUGGGAAAUUCCAAAUAUUGCGUUACAUUAAGAAAUAGUUGGUGAUGUUACCAUCCCGCAUCAUCAGCCCCAACCCCCCUCAAAAGCAACCAAAAAUACACACACACACAUAGAGCAAAGUUAAGAAUGAAGCAUCGUCUCUUAGAGAACAAAAAAAUACUUAUUUUUAUGAUUUCCGAUUUAUGUUCUCUCAUUUGUGUAUUUGUACUUAUUCGUAGAUAGAGCAAUAAAAGAAAUUUAAAUAUAUAUAACGAAAGAAAACAAAAUACCAAAAAACAUUUAUAUAUGAACAAAUUAAGAUACGAUAAUUGUAUAAGUACGCACAUAUUUACAUAAGCUCAGGCGAGAUUUUGUAAAUUCGAAUGGAUAAUGUUCUCAAACGGAUUUCUGUUUUGAUAUGUAGCUUUGAUUUUGAAAAAACUAUGUAUGAUAUUUAUAAACAGUACCCGCCACUCCGUAUGUUUUGUUAUAUUUUUAAUAAUUUUUACGUUAUUCCAUAUACAUUUAAAAAAAUUCUAAACAUUAAUAAGUUUUGAACGUUCAUUUUUUAAACGUUUAUAUUUUUAUAUACAAUGUUUGUUUUUGCCAACUAAAAAUUGUCUUUUAGUUUCAUAUAUACAGGGUGUUAUAAAAAACUGCAAGAAAGUCAAACGCCUUAAUUUUACAUUAUUUUAAAUUUUGUUGAAAGAAAUCAAAAAAAUUUUGGAAAUAUCAUAAAAUUUUAGAAUAAGUUUAGAUUUUUUGGAAUUGGUCACCUUUGGCACGAAUUAUGGCCUUCAAACGGCCAAUGAAACCGUCACACGCUGCCCGAAUGUUGCUCUGCGGUAUUUUGGCCCAUUCCUGGCGAAACGCUUGCUUGAGGUGAUCGACCCUUUGGUAUUUUUUAGUGCCAACCUUGCUUUCCAAAAUACUCCAGACACAAUAGUCCAACGGAUUGAUAUCCGGAGGUUUUGGUGGCAAUUGUGAGCUGGAAAUGAAGCGAGGAACCGCAUUUUGUAACCAUUCUUGGGUGGCGCGUGCUGAGUGCGAUGGUGCUGAGUCCUGUUGGAAUAUCUGCGGCCAAAAUGUUUUCGUGCCCAAGGCUUUAAUACACCCUCCAGAAUAUUUUCGAGAUAAUAUUCGGCAUUUACUCUGAUGCCACGGUCGAUUAAUACGAGCGCCAUGGCCGACGCUUGAGUUCUGGUGGCCAUGGCUUUACCCCGGGUUCAUUUUUCAAUAUUUUCCGAAUGGAAUAUUGCAAUAUGUUCAGCUCACGAGCCAUUUUUCGACUACUGCGACGCGAGUUUCCAUCAAGUCGCUUCUUUACUUUUCGAACCAUUUCUACGCUAUCAUUAUCACGGUAACGAGCGAUGGUACGAGACACAAAAGAUUUAUUCAAAUUUAAAUGCUGGAGUGCUCUAACGAUAGCCACUUGUGGUUUUCCAGCCAAAUAUAAAGAAAUCUCACUCUCACGAAAUUAUUCCUUAACGAAUAAUUUUUGUUUUGUGGAAAAUUCUUACCAACAUUGUUGCAGUUUUCUCAUCUCACCCUGUAGAUCCAAGUUUUCCUUAAACCCCAUAUAAAGUACCUCUCGAUAUUUUGACGACUUUAGCCACACAUUCUAACGCAAAAAUUUAAAAUUCGGUAUUAAGAGUCCUUAAUAUGUUCUAACUCCUAUAUUGAUCCCUAUGGCCCUCAUAUAAGAAUACUUCCCGAUCUUAGGCAUUUUGAAGAUUUCUUUUUUUUUGGAUCCCACAAGGGGUUCUUUUACUUAUAUAAAACAAUUUCUUUUUUAUUUCAAAGUUUUCUAUAGCCCCUUUCCUCCCGAUAUUCGGUAUUUUGAUGAUUGUAACCAUCUUUUUUACAGAAUUGGAUUGGAUGUUCCUAACAACAGAAGUGACGCAUACUGGCAUUUUGGCGAUAACAAACAUUUAUUCACAUGAGUUAUUUUCCAAAAAAAAGUUCGGUCUUGCAUGCUUUUUUACUUUUUCAUGCUAAUUUCGUCAAAUUUUGGUCAUUGGAAUUCUUAGUAAGAAGGAAACAUCCCUUCAAGAAAUUGUCAAUAUAGGUCUAUGUUUUGGUAAGCCAAUUUUCGGGGUCUUGACCACAUUUUUCAAUUGAUUUGGCCCUAACUUGUCUAAGGUGAUAGAAAACAACUUCGCUGAAAAUGAUCAAUGGUCAAUGUUUCGGAAUAGCGCUCAUAUUAAAUUACCUCUAGAUUUUACAUAUUUCAAAAAGUUCAAACCCAUAUAACGGUUCCUCCCAGGUCCAUGUUUCCAACCAAUACUGAGUAAUAACAACAUCGUAUUGAGUAAUAACAACAAAAAACUUAAAGGGUUUUGAUCUCUCAUCCUUGUCUUGCCAUUUUUAAUUUUCAAAUCAGAAGCUAACAUUUUUGUAGCAUAGAUUACCCCGUGAGCAUGGUACAAUUAUUUCAAGGUAGUCUCAUCUCAAAAAAGCAUAGCCAGGGAUUGGAUUCUAGUUCUAUAAAAACUUGACAUGACAAAUAUUUUCUUUUUUCAGUUUAUCAUUUAACAUAUCUUUCCUUUAUAAACGUUUUCAAUUCACAUUUCCAAAUAAGAAGAGUUGAGGGCUAGCUCUCUAUUUUUCUGAACUCUAGCUCUCAUUUAAAUACUAAAUGUUUGAACAUUAAAAGUGGUCUGAAUUAUUGAAAUUUGAAUAUGAUUUUUUUAAAGAAAUAUUUCUGUUCCGUAUAUUACAUUUAAAUAAAAGAUUAAAUAAUCUCUCAAAUGAUUUAGAAAUGAAUGCCUUUUAAACUGUUCGGAAUACUAUCCAUUCUGAUCUGUGAAAUAAAACGCCUGUGUUUCAUUUUUUUGUGCGUCAAUAUGAAUAAAGUGCCAUUUAUUUUACGUUUUUUACUACCCCCUGGAUCCGUGAAACGAAAUUAUAAUUGACUCCAUCUUUUAAAUUUCUAGUCGAAAACAAAUUGUACCUUUUUACAUAAAUAAGAUUUUUUAAAUUUAAAUUUAUAAUAAGAAAAAAACACCCUAACAAAAACCUAAAAAAGCAAAUUAUUUAAUUCUUCCUUUUUAUCAUUAUAUUUAUUACGACUAUUAAAUUAAAUGUUAAAACAAUUGCACAAUUUAUAAAAUAAAUGUAUAUGAACGUUAACAACAACCAAGAAAAAAAUAAUAAUAUAUUAAAAACAAUUAAAUUAAACAAAAUAAUAUAUUUCUCCUUUUUAGCCUUUAGCUCUUAAGCAUAUUUGCACAAUUUUACUCUUAGCUAAGCAAAUAUUUUUCAUAUUUCCAAAAAGAUUAAGAAGAAGAGGAAAUUAUUAAUAAAAAAACAAAUAAAAAAAUAAAAAAACAAACAAACCAAAGCGUUCAAAACGAUUACAUUUUUUAUAAUUU